CACUCUUGCAUCACAAUCCAAACAUGCAUUAGGCCCGGUGCAUUUGUCCGGCUUAUCUCUUGCAAAUCGAGUCCGGGAUCUGCGUUGAAUUUCUGCUAGGAAUUUUCCCCGGAGCUGGAGGAACUCUUGGCGGAGCGGAGUAGAACAGAAAGUCUCACCGCAGAGUUGCGCAAGGCUGCCGAGCUCCAGGUUUUUAGCUUCUAGCCUCCACCUUCUUUCACUGGCUCAUCUGUCCUCCUCCACCCCCCCCUGGCAUCCGCCCUGCCGGUGGGUUCGUUCACUCUCCCCAUGCCCUCACCCACUGCUAUGUUCCGACACUGUAUGCUGUGGCUUUACAGUAAGAAGGCCCGUGACGCAGACGAGCGGGAAAAGUGGAUCCAUGCCUUAGAGGGGACAAUUCUCCGUCACACCCUUCAACAGGAGGCAGAAACAGGGUUUGUUCCCAGCGUUCAGGACUUUGACAAGAAGCUAGCCGAAGCAGAUGCGUAUUUGCAGAUUUUGAUCGACCAAUUAAAACUCUUCGAUGAAAAGAUAAAAGACUGCAAGGAAGAUGAGUCGCGCAGAAAAAUCGAGAACCUGAAGGACACAACUUGUAAUAUGGUAGAGUCCAUCAAACACUGUAUCGUACUUCUACAGAUUGCCAAGGAUCAAAGUAACGAACAGCAACACGCAAACGGACUGAUAAGCACCAUAAACCCAGUGGAUGGGGUAUUCCAGCCUACCCCUCUCAACGCCGCUGUAGUCAGUGCCAUGCCAACGCAGACCACUCUACCCACAGAUGGAGCUCAGGUGUGUAAAGCGGAGCAGAGGCCUUCUUCUUUACCCGUGGGCCCUGUUGUCACGGUGAUGGGCAGCCUUCAGACCCCUACUCCCAACAGCACAGGGAGCGGUCCUUCAGGUCCCAGCAGCAGCGUGACUUCACCCAGUCACAUGAACGUACCGGCUCACACUGUUCCUGACUUCUCCUAUUCCAGUAGCGAAGAUGAGUUUUACGACGCAGAUGAGUUUUAUCAGAGCAGCACAUCACCAAAACACUGCAUAGAUCCAAGCAGAAGCAAUGCUGUAAACAAUGAAGACAGUACAGCCCUGAAACGGCCAGACACCAACGAAUCCAUCAACUCCUCCAUGUCCAACGGCACCACAGAUGCAGAUCAGUUUGACAGUCAUGAUGAGAAAGAUGAUGACGGCGAGGGUGAAUCUGUGGAAGAGCACAAAAGUGUCAUCAUGCAUCUGCUGUCUCAAGUGCGUCUGGGCAUGGAUCUCACCAAGGUAGUCUUGCCGACAUUUAUCUUGGAGCGGAGGUCGUUGCUGGAAAUGUAUGCAGAUUUCUUUGCACACCCGGAUUUGUUUGUAAGCAUUGCGGAGCAGCAGGAUCCAAGGGACCGCAUGGUGCAUGUGGUGAAGUGGUACCUGUCGGCCUUUCACGCUGGUCGGAAAGGAUCUGUGGCCAAGAAGCCCUACAACCCCAUUCUGGGCGAAGUGUUUUUCUGUCACUGGGACCUGCCCUCAGAAACAGAGGAUCCUGCUGCUGCUGAGUGUGUGUCAGACGGGCCAGUACCGUGGAGUAGCAAAAACAGUGUGUCUUUUGUGGCGGAGCAGGUUUCUCACCACCCUCCUAUAUCUGCGUUUUACGCUGAAUGUUUCAGCAAAAAAAUCCAGUUCAACGCCCACAUCUGGACAAAAUCGAAGUUCCUGGGAAUGUCUAUUGGUGUCCAUAAUAUUGGUCAAGGUUGCGUGUCUUGUCUUGAAUAUGAUGAGCAUUAUAUUCUUACUUUUCCCAAUGGCUACGGGAGGUCAAUCCUCACCGUGCCAUGGGUUGAGUUGGGUGGAGAGUGCAAUAUUUCCUGUUCCAAAUCUGGCUACAGUGCCAAUAUAGUUUUCCACACCAAACCCUUCUAUGGAGGAAAGAAGCACAGGAUAACAGCUGAAAUAUUUGCUCCCAAUGAUAAGAAGUCGUACUGCUCCAUAGAGGGAGAGUGGAAUGGUGUGAUGUAUUCAAAAUUGGCAACCGGGGAAAAUGCAGUAUUCAUUGACACAAAGAAAUUGGGCCUUAUUAAGAAGAAGGUGCGGAAAUUAGAGGACCAAUUGGAAUAUGAAUCCAGAAGUUUGUGGAAGGACGUGACGGUGAACCUGAAACUGAAGGACAUUGACGCAGCGACGGAGGCCAAACACAGGCUGGAGGAGAAACAGAGGGCAGAGGCCAGAGAUAGGAAGGAGAAGGAGAUGCAGUGGGAGACCAGACUCUUUCAUGAGGACGGCGAAUGCUGGGUUUACGACAAACCUCUCCUGAAGCGACACUGAGGCCCUUUCCCAAAAGCAGAGUCUACAAACAGAACUCUCUCUCGCUCUCUCUGUCUCUCGCAAAACACUUUUCUUAUUCAGCCUUGGAAUGACUGACGAAUGAACUCUUACAGCUUUGCAUUUUUGAAGUUUGAACGAAUGACGACAAGAAAAUACGAACUUAUCAAUCUAUACAAAACAAAUGAAAAAAAAACUCUCCCUGCUCGCUAUAUUCAACACCUCCACCUCUUCACACCACCCCUUGAGGAAGAAAUAAGAAAAA